GUUUUUGACCUUGAGCACGAACCGAAUCUCUGCGAUUUUUGUUAUAUUUUUUCUAUAUUUUUAUAUAUUUUUCGAGUCAUCCCUAUAUAUUUCAGGUUUUGAGAGUCUUUCCAUGAAAUCUAUUUACAGAUUACAUAUAUAUUACAAUAAAACUAAUAGCUGGGCACAGAGUCUACCAACAUGUUUAUCGACAUUUUGCCAAAAUCCGCCGAAUCAGACGCAGCUGAGAAGCCACAAGUCGGAUUCGCAAGGGCACGCUGCAGGUUCGUGUCCCCGGAGUAUCGUAAUACACGGAGCCGCUGGCUAAGCCGCUUGCGACCGCGGCAAUCCGCCAGCUCGGUUCAAAUUCAGUCCGGCGAGGUGUCGCCCAGCAAGGUGAAAUGGCAGACACUUAAGCACAAUGGGCCACUCUUUCCGGGCUCCUAUGAGAGACUGCCGGAGAAUGUGCGCUUCAUUUAUGAUGACUGCCCCAUUGAGCUGACGGAGCAGGCCGAGGAGGUGGCCACAUUCUAUGCCAAGCUGCUGAGGACCCCGUUCGUGGAGCUGUCCGAGUUUAAUGAGAAUUUCUUCAAAGACUUUCGCAGCUGUUUAAGCGUUGAGCAGCGCCUUCACAUCACCAGCUUUGAGCUGUGCAAUUUCCAGAAAAUAGGCCAGCAUCUGGAGGAGCAGCAGGUGGCCAAAUCGCAGCAGGAAUCCGAAGACGACGAACGUUAUGGCUAUUGCUAUAUGGAUGGAGAGCGUCUGCGGAUCAAGCAAUUUCGCAUCAAGCCGCCGGGUCUGUGCUGUCCGCGUAAUGGCUUCAGCCUGACCAUGGGCAUGAUCCGACCACGAGUCCUGCCCGAAGAUGUUAUGAUUAAUUGUGAUGAGUACGCGGAGCCGCCGGCGCCGCCACACGGACACCGUUGGCGUCAGGUGGUGCACGAUCGCAGUGUUAGCUGGUUGUACUCCUGGCAUGAUCUCGUCUCGGGCAGCACACAUUAUGUGCAUGCCCGUAUCGAUAAAUCGAAAAGAUAUCGCUUGCCUCUUCGGGAUCAGCUGGAAACGGCGCGCCGACUGCAGCAGCAUCUGCCCAGUAUCCGCCGCGAGUACCGUCAGCUUUGGUCCUCGGAUCAGUGGCUGGUGCGGCAGCGCAGCGUGGCCCUCUACUGCAUCGACCAGCUGGCCAUCAGCUGCGAUGCCCCAGAGCAGCCGGACAAGGUCACAUUGUGCGAUCUACGCGUGGAAAACCUGCAGUUGCAUCCGCGUCUGGCUGGCAGAAAGAAUGUGGUGCGAUUGCAGGCCAGGAUGUCGAAUCGUCAACGUGUGUUGAGGAGCAUGUGCGUCCAGCCCGAGGUCUUCUACAAUCUGAGGGUCUUUGUCUGCGGCAAGGAGCCGAAUGAUUUGGUACUCGAGGAGCUCACAACCCAGCAGCUGAAUGCACAUCUCGAAUACCUGAUGGACGGCCUAACCUCGCACAUAUUUUGCAUUUGUAAUGCCUCCCAGUUGCUGGAGCAGCGCUUGAAGCUUUUGCAGCAAUCGCCAGCGGAACGUUGCCCCGCUGCCCGCCCCGAAGAGAUCCAAAUUGACUCGCCGCAACAGCACCGAGGAGCAGCGCCUAAUCCAGGCCAUCAGCCUGCAGACGAAGCCACUCGUCGAAGCUACGCUCAACUAUUUGGAUCCACGGAUAACCAUUUCCUGGUGCCUGCGCUGCAAUAUUCCCAUCUCUGCCAUCUACAUGAGCUCAGCGAUACGCAGGAAACUCAUCUGGGCCACGAAAUGCACCACUAAACACUUUUGUUUUUGAAUUUAAUUUCAAUUUGCGUUUAUAUUUUAUAUUUAUAUAUAUUUUUAGGUGUGUUUUUCAUUUUGUGUUCGAGGUGUUGCUAACUUAUUUAAUUAAAAAUAAAAUGGGUAAACAAAUGA